AUGAAAGUUAAUCUAACGGACGUUUUGGGAAGUGAAGGCCUAGAUGUGGCUUCUGAGAACUUAAUGCCCUGCAAGCCAACAACGCCGCAUGAUCUAAAUACAACAAGAACCGCAUCUGAAGUGAUUGUCGCUUCGGGAGCAGGGAUCUUUUACUUAGCAUUGUGCAUGCUUAGCGUACUCGGUGUUUGGUCAACUUCUUGUGCCAGACUGUGCUCUUCUCGAGGAACGUUUUUUGUUUUCUUCAUUAGUGCAUUGAUCGCUUCCGUGAAUGUCUUCUCCAACUCCGACAACCUAGAGGUCAAGCUAUACUUCCGUUUAUCUGCCUUUGUGUUUGUCGGAAUAGCUUACACAUUGUUUGGUGCUUCUCUUUUCUUCUCUCUGCCAGACGAAGGAGAAAAUCGACAAACUUUGGGUCAACAACAGCCUGCAAUGGGGUGCGUUGUUGGUGUGGUGACAUUUCUUAUAUUUCUACUCGAAGCCGUGCUUUUAGCAUUUGCGUGCACGAAAGGCGCUAAGAAGGCGAUAACCGUAGAUCCCUCAGAGAAAACAAUCACUUGGAUCUUGAUUAUUAUAGACAAGUCAGCUUUCUUCCUUCAAAAGCCUUUUCAGCUUGCCAUAUACCUCUACUUGCGGACCACUUGUCUUAGUACGCAAGAAUUCAAAGGGAAUGCUGAAUUUUACUUUAGAAUUAUGUCCUUCUUCAACUUUAUAGAGUGGAUAGAUGCUCAGGUGAACGUGGAAAUGGAUGUUGCCCUGAGUGGACCUAUCAUUGAUGAACUCGAUGGAUGGUUUAAUGUUUUUGUAGUUGGUUACAAGGCGUUGAUAAUAGAUUACCGUUUGCUAUGUUGUUUCCUUUUUCUGGAGCAUUCUGCAGAAAUUCCAGAUGUAAAUCAGCUUCCUGAGGUCCCAGAAAAUGAAGACCGAUUCGUUAAUUGUAUGGCUUCAAGGGAUCAACUUAAGAUGUAUGCGGGGUUCUUCGCUGGUUGUUUGUGUAUUACCGCACCUGUCCUCUGUGGUCUUUAUUUCAUUCACAGCCUUAACAUCGGCGCAUUCGUCCAGGUAUUCGCCAUUAUUGUCAAUACGGCAAUAUUUGUUCUCGCUGCAUAUUUCCUUUACAGCAAUGAUUUAGAAGACGGCGAGAUUUCUGAAUCAAUGGGAGUCAAAAUCAUGGUAAGUUCUAUUUUUUUCGGAUUCGUUUGUAAGAUAUUUUCAAGUGGAUUUGAUCUGAUUGUUUUAUACGGCAUUUUUUGACCGAUUUAGUCUUUUACAUAGAGUAUAUGAGUCGAGCAUAUUUCGCUAAUUACAUUGCAAGAACAAGACGGACUAACACAGAGAGACCAUUCGAUGGAGCUUUAUAUAUAGACGCACUUUUACUUCAAUGCCAAAAAAGGAACGCUUAUUCCACUGUGGUGCUUUUUACCCUAGUAAAUUAUUUUACUAGGGUAAUACAUCUGUGAACUGCCUCCCCCCUCCCCUCAGAAAAAAAAAUGUUCUCUUAUCACUCUGCAGUCUUCAAAUCAAUUAAGAACCACCUUAUAUGAUUCCAUUAUUUGCUAUGGGAGUCAAAAUUCAACAAUAUUUCCCGUGUUAUCAAUUUUAUUUAAAGCUGCUUAAAUUAGUACCAUGGGACAGUACUUUAUUUCCAAAGAGGUCUGACAUUUGAAUGGUAACACGAAACAGGAUUUCAUCCACAGAGUCAAGAGGCUAAACCAUCUUUCAAGAUUCCAUAAUUCUCUCUGGGGGUGAAGGAUUACACUCUUCAUAGGGCUGCUCAAUUGAGAUCACAACGCAUGACUCACAUUUCAUUCUGUUAUUUUUUGGGGGAAACGGUGUUGAUUUGGGAAGGAAAUAAAUUAGGGUAGAAAAGGUAUACACAUAAACCAGUAGCCUGCGUAGCAAGCGCUUCCGUUUGGUUUCGGAGCAAAGAAAAACCGAGGAAGCGGACUUUCGGUUUUGACCGCGCGAGAAAUGAAACGAGAGCCAAAAUGUGAAAGAGAAGGGAGGCGCCAUUUUUCGCGCGGUCUUUGACUCUCGUUCCUCGUUCUUUUCUCCUAAACCGCACAGAAACGCUUGCUACGCAGGCUAAUAAACCAGUUAGUCCGCUAAUGGGAUCAGAGGCACCUUGUUGUGGUGACGGACCUGGUAAUUGUCUACUAGUAUUUACUUCAUCUUUUAAAUUCUUAACAACCCCCAAAUGCAAUGUUUUCUAAUUUUUCCAAUUUUUCAUCAAGUUCUCAAAAAAAAAAUAUUGAAUUAAGGGCUGCAACUAAGUGGAGCCAUUUUUUGAUUGAAUGAAAUCUAGAUAUUUAAGGAAAAGGGUGGAAAUCAACGAAAAAUAAUGUUUUUAAACAGACUGUCCCCUUAAUUCCAAAAGAGCUGACUGAUAAGCUGACACAUCGUUGCAUGGCAAGCCUUGAAUUAUUUUGUACAUUUGUCAUGAUAUAAACAUAGAAUCUGUAAAGGGGGUCCAGAUCCAACAUUCCCGCUCCUUUUACACGAGAAUCCCGCAUCCAAACAAGAUCCCGAACAUCAUUUUCUUUUCCGCAUCCGUUGCCCAAAUUUUGGCGAAUUCCGCAAUGUGCAUUUUGGUCAAACCCAGACCCUGUAAAUGAUUUCAUGUGACCACUACUUUUAAUUUAUAGGUUUGCUGCAUGGGUGCUGUUGGCUUCACUUGCUGGUUAGUAGAAGCAGCUAUUGCCGGCUACUGGGCGCAGACGGCUCCUUACAGAGACGACAUAGACGACCAGUCAUUAAUGGGCUGGGAUUCGGCGAAAUUUCUCAUACGUGGGCUUACUGGAGCAUUUCUGAUAUGCGUGUUUAUGAGAGUAAAUGCACGAUCAUUGCCAUUUCAGAAUCUAAACAUGGCAUGGAAUCAUUUGCUCGUCCCUGUCAUCAUGUUAGGAAUAUUUUCAGUGUUUGUAGAAACUCUACUUGACCAGUAUAGGGGACCUCUCGAUAACACACUUCGGUAGGUGAAAGUUUAAUGCUCUUGCGCACUGCUUCCAGUCUCUUUGUAAACAUGAAGCUCUCGUCCCCAGUGCCACUUGGCUUAUUAAAUUUGACCACGUCAUCAAAAUAACGACAAGCUCUGGGAAGUGAAGAUAUUAAACAUGAUGGUUCUGGGCUGGCCACAAAAGCAAAGAUAGCCGGCCUGGAAACUGGGUUUGCACUUUCUGGGGGGCAAGAAAAAUGUUUUCAGCCUCGUUGUGGAGAAAAAGUCCUAAGCUCGACGUCUGACCCAACAGACGAUCUUAACUUUUAAAUUGAAGUAGUCCCAGAUUAGAGGGUGGUUACUAGUCUCGUCCAUGAAAAGCACAACGUUUAGCCUAGGCUUAAGUGAGACGAUUUGGCCGAAAAAGGUCUUACUACACUAAUAAUCUCUUAGUUUCAGUGCACGUUACUUUUUUUUAUAUCUCCUUUUCAGUUGUGAAAUCAAAGAGGAAAGUUUGAAGAUUCUUCUUGAGGUUGGGCCGCCCAUGUAUCUCGGAUUCUUGAUUCACGUGUUUCUGCACUUUUUUAUACUUUGGUCAAAUCUUGGUAAAAGGCCAAUUGCAGGUCGAGAAGAUUCUUUAGCUUCUUAUUCAACCUUCGAAAGAGUCAGUUCUAUCGCAACCUAUGUAUCCAUAGAACACGAAGGAGAAGACUCAGAAGAAGAAUUUUUUAAUGCGUUGGAACAUGUAGAUGAUACUGAUAAUUUUCGGAUUUAAAGUUAUUGAUCAUGGGAAUAAUUAUGCUGCAGAAACAGGUUUUACAAUCUUCAGUAACAUAAUUGUGAAUAACAUUUCGCAUAACUAUAUUAUCAUUACUGCACACGGCUUUAUUUGGUCAGUCAGUUAGUUUUCUGUAUUUGUUUGCGUUGUUUCACCUACACAUUUUAGUUUCUUUUUCUCACUGUUAACCAAUAAUGUCCGAAGAUUACCUCAUAAGGUCCAAUCAGCAAACAUAUCAAAAGACAUUGAUUGAGAGAAUAUUGUAUACGAAACUUUCCGCUUAAAUGUGGCUGCAAAAACUGCCGAUAGCCUAUACUGACCAUAGGAGACUCACGAGUGAGGUGCAGCUUUAUGGGUCAAAAACAGAGGGGGCUUUUUUGGUGGCCAGCUGACAUGAGCUGACAACGCACUGCGACUAAUCAGCAAGACCGACCUUGAGAGUUUGAUUACGACUACCGUGAAUCCUAUAUUAAGCCCCCUCCCCCC